ACCAUUGUCUUCUCAUUAACAGUGUUUGGCACAGUAAAUUGAAAACAAAAGAAGAAACAGAAGCAUAGUGUAUCACAUAAUUUUGCCAGACUAAAAAACUCUAAGUAAGAUAGUGCCUUUCCCUUCUAUGAUAAUUUCAAGCUAUUAGAGGUAGUAAAGCAUUAUUUAAAACCUCCUACCCAUCCUGGUUGCAGGAGGUCCUUUACAAUGUUUGAGAGGUGGACACACCAAAGAGAAACAAUACUUUGGCAGAUCUUUAAUGGUUUCCUCUUUUUUGACUAGUUACAAACUUCUGGAGCAUUCUUUUUAUUUUUUUCCCUUUCCAUUCAGUCUCCCUCUCUCAUUUUUAUUCCCGUAUCACUGCAAAGCCAAAACCAAAAUGUGAAGAGGGAGCUAGCCAGGAGGAAACAUUCCAGUUCCUUUUUUCUGACCUAAGCACUAUUCUUCAUGUGCUAGCAGGCAAAGUAGGGAUUUUCUGCUAAACCAGAGCAACUAACUGUUCAACAGAUUGGGCCUGCAUCUUAAUUAGGUUAUGAAUAGUAAAUCUCCCUUUAGAAACAUGUAAAGAUAGUUUCAGCAGAAGAAGCAAGUUUAACUAUAUAUAGGGAGCAAGAGGACAUGCAUUUCCAGCUAAGGAAGAAGAAAUGGAGGAGGGCAUGAUCCUGUCAUCUUGUCUCCUGAUAUCUCAGGAGUGGAUUAGGCAAGCUAUCUAAACAGCAUGUGGCCAUACAAGAGAAACAGAAAUUACAAUGGUUGACACAGAGAUGCCAUUUUGGCCCACCAACUUUGGAAUCAGCUCCGUGGAUCUUUCCGUAAUGGAUGACCACUCCCACGCCUUUGACAUCAAGCCCUUCACCACAGUUGAUUUCUCCAGUAUUUCCACUCCACACUAUGAAGACAUUCCAUUUGCAAGAGCUGACCCAAUGGUGGCUGAUUAUAAGUAUGACCUGAAGCUCCAAGAUUACCAAAAUGCAAUCAAAGUGGAGCCUGCAUCCCCACCAUAUUAUUCUGAAAAGGCUCAACUAUACAAUAAGCCUCAUGAAGAGCCUUCCAACUCCCUCAUGGCAAUUGAAUGCCGUGUCUGUGGAGACAAAGCUUCCGGGUUUCACUAUGGAGUUCAUGCUUGUGAGGGAUGCAAGGGUUUUUUCCGGAGAACAAUCAGAUUGAAGCUUAUUUAUGAUAGGUGUGAUCUUAACUGUCGGAUCCACAAAAAAAGUAGAAAUAAAUGUCAGUACUGUCGGUUUCAGAAAUGCCUUGCCGUGGGGAUGUCUCAUAAUGCCAUCAGGUUUGGGCGGAUGCCACAGGCCGAGAAGGAGAAGCUGUUGGCGGAGAUCUCCAGUGAUAUCGACCAGCUGAACCCAGAGUCUGCUGACCUCCGGGCCCUGGCAAAACAUUUGUAUGACUCAUACAUAAAGUCCUUCCCGCUGACCAAAGCAAAGGCGAGGGCCAUCUUGACAGGAAAGACAACAGAUAAAUCACCAUUUGUUAUCUAUGACAUGAAUUCCUUAAUGAUGGGAGAAGAUAAAAUUAAGUUCAAACACAUCACCCCCUUGCAGGAGCAGAGCAAAGAGGUGGCCAUCCGCAUAUUUCAGGGCUGUCAGUUCCGCUCAGUGGAAGCUGUGCAAGAGAUCACAGAAUAUGCCAAAAGUAUUCCUGGUUUUGUAAACCUUGACUUGAAUGACCAAGUAACUCUCCUAAAAUACGGCGUCCAUGAGAUCAUUUACACAAUGCUGGCUUCCUUGAUGAAUAAAGAUGGGGUUCUCAUAUCGGAGGGCCAAGGAUUCAUGACAAGGGAGUUUCUAAAGAGCUUGAGAAAGCCCUUUGGUGACUUUAUGGAGCCCAAGUUUGAGUUUGCUGUGAAGUUCAAUGCACUGGAAUUAGAUGACAGCGAUUUGGCAAUAUUUAUAGCCGUCAUUAUUCUCAGUGGAGACCGCCCGGGUUUGCUGAAUGUGAAGCCCAUUGAGGACAUACAAGACAACUUGCUGCAAGCCUUGGAGCUCCAGCUCAAGAUGAACCACCCCGAGUCCUCUCAGCUCUUUGCCAAGCUGCUCCAGAAAAUGACAGACCUCAGGCAAAUUGUAACAGAACAUGUGCAGCUAUUGCAAGUAAUAAAGAAAACAGAGACAGACAUGAGUCUUCACCCACUCCUACAGGAAAUAUACAAGGACUUGUAUUAGCAGAGAAGUCCUAAUUCACUGACAACGUUUUCCUUCUUCCAAUUGCACUAUUGAGGGGAGAUCUGACACCUAAAAAAUUUACUGUGAAAAAGCAUUUUAAAAAGAAAGGGUUUAGAAUAAUAGAUCUAUUUUAUGCAUAUUGUUUAUAAAGAUACAUUUACAAUUUACUUUUAAUAUUAAAAAUGACCACAUUAUGAAAUUGGUGGAUGUA